UGUCUGCCUGGCCUUUACGGUGGUUCGGCACAUGGCGCGUUGUAACCACAGUUGUCACUCCCGGGCUUGGGGAGUGGCAACACCUGGUCAUCCAGGCCUUCCCUGGUGUAGGACUUGUGCUUCUGGCUCAGCUGUUGACAGCUAUGUGUGCUUCUGCUGUGGGUUAGCUUUGGAUCAUGUUUUUGGCAGGGCAUGAGGGAGUCCUUUAAGAGCUCUCAGAAGAGAGUCUCGAACACAUCUUGCUGCUGUAUGUGCCUGAGAUGGCAACCUGAAUGUCACGACAGAAGUCAUUAGAAAUGCAUAACUUGUUUUUGGUUAUCAUCAACAAGGUGGUUUCUGGUACUGUGGAGCCACUGGGAACAGUUGAGAAAGCCUAAUUUCAGCAACUUCUUCAGCUGGAAGCUUUCGUUUAUCACAACUUCCUCCAACUCCCAGGCUCUGCCUGUGUUAGCAGUAAUAGCAAGGGUACAAGGAUCUCACAGCAGUUUGCCAGCAUUUAAGAGUUACAACAUCCCUCAUGAGUUACAGGCUGUACUCGAGCAUGUGAGAAGGCUGAAGCACAGAAGAGCUCGUUGUUUGAUGUGCAGCAAACAAUUGUCAGACUGGAACUGAGCUCUGGAAAAACAAAGUGGAGCUUGGAGCAUGUGGCCUGAGGAUUGCCUUACACAGCCAGGGGUGGUUGCGAAGCAGUGAGCAGGAUGCCCCCAGGCAUUUACUGCCCUACGGAAUUCUGGUCCAAGGGGGAACACCAAAACAUCCAGGUGGACUUUUUGCUGCCCACAGGAAUAUACUUAAACCUCUCUGUGCCCUGCAAUGCCAGCCUGGGCACCAUCAAGCAGGUGCUCUGGAAGCAUGCACAGUAUGAGCCGCUGUUCCACAUGCUCAGUGACCCCGAGGCCUAUGUGUUCACCUGCAUCAACCAGACGGCCGAGCAGCAGGAGCUGGAGGAUGAGCAGCGCCGCCUCUGUGACAUCCAGCCCUUCCUGCCCGUCCUGCGCCUCGUGGCUCGAGAGGGAGACAGGGUCAAGAAGGUCAUCAACUCCCAGAUCAGCCUGCUCAUUGGGAAAGGUUUGCACGAGUUUGACUCCGUGCAGGACCCAGAGGUGAGCGAUUUCCGCAGCAAAAUGUGCCAGUUCUGCGAGGAGAAAGCAGCAAAGCGGCAGCAGCUCGGCUGGGCAGCAUGGAUGGAGUACAACUUCCCCCUGCAGCUGGAGCCCAUGGCCAAGGGUCCUGGGACUGGCUCUCUGCAAAUCCCCACCAAGAACAUUUUUGUCAACGUCAAGUUCCAGUCUGGUGGGGAGAGCUUCACGUUCCAGAUCUCCCCCUGGGAGUUCCCCAUCACCCUAAUGAGCUAUGCUAUUAAGAAACAGGCUACUGUGUUCCGCCACGAGACUGUGCAGAAGCCAGAGGACUACACCCUGCAGGUGAAUGGGAAAUGUGAAUAUCUCUAUGGGAACUACCCCCUGUACCAGUUCCAGCACAUCCGCAGCUGCCUGCAGCGGGGCCUGACCCCCCACCUGACCAUGGUGCACUCCUCUGCCAUCAUUGCCAUGAGGGACGAGCAGAACAGCUGCUUCACCAGCCCCCCAAAGGCGGCCUCCAAGCCCCCCCCGCUCCCCAAGAAAAAGCCAAACUAUGGCUCUCUCUGGUCCUUAGAGCAGCCUUUCUACAUCGAGCUGGUGCAAGGCAGCAAGGUCAAUGCAGAUGAGAGAAUGAAGCUGGUGGUGCAGGCAGGUCUGUUCCAUGGCAAUGAGAUGCUGUGCAAGACCGUGUCCAGCUCGGAGGUGAGCGUGUGCUCGGAGCCGGUGUGGAAGCAGCGCCUGGACUUUGACAUCAACAUCUGCGACCUGCCCCGCAUGGCCCGGCUCUGCCUCGCCCUCUACGCCGUCAUCGAGAAGGCCAAGAAGGCUCGUUCCACCAAGAAGAAGUCCAAGAAAGCUGACUGUCCCAUCGCCUGGGUCAAUGUGAUGCUCUUCGACUACAAGGACCAGCUGAAAACAGGGGAGUGCUGCCUGCACAUGUGGUCCUCCUUCCCAGAUGAGAAAGGGGAACUUCUGAACCCCAUGGGCACAGUGCAGUGCAACCCCAACACAGAGAGUGCAGCAGCCUUGGUGAUCUGCUUCCCCAGCGUGGCAGCACAUCCUGUGUACUACCCAUCCUUUGAGCAGCUGCUAGAGUUGGGAAGGAAUGGAGAACAACCCCGAGCUGCACCAGAAGAUUCUGAGGAGAAGCUGCAGCUGAGGGAGAUCCUGGAGCGGAGGAGCCACACGGAGCUGUACGAGCACGAGAAGGACCUGGUGUGGAAGAUGAGGUACGACAUCCGUGACCAGUACCCACAGGCUCUGGCCAAGCUGCUCAUCAUCACCAAAUGGAACAAGCACGAGGAUGUUGCCCAGAUGAUUUCCCUGCUUCAGACCUGGCCAGAGCUGCCUGUCCUGAAUGCCUUGGAGCUGCUGGAUUUCAGCUUUCCUGACCGUUAUGUUGGUUCCUUUGCUAUCAACUCCCUGAAGAAGCUGACGGAUGAUGAUGUGUUCCAAUACCUGCUGCAGCUUGUCCAGGUGCUCAAAUAUGAAUCCUACCUAGACUGUGAAUUAACCAAGUUCCUGCUGGAAAGGGCUUUAUCCAACCGCAAGAUCGGCCACUUCCUCUUCUGGCAUCUGAGGUCAGAGAUGCACGUCGCCGCCGUUUCCCUGAGGUUUGGCCUGAUCCUGGAAGCGUACUGCCGGGGCAGCACCCACCACAUGAAGGUGCUGAUGAAGCAGGGAGAAGCACUGAACAAGAUGAAAGCUCUGAAUGACUUUGUGAAAGUGAGUUCUCAGAAGGCCACCAAGCCUCAAACCAAGGAGAUGAUGCACAUGUGCAUGAAGCAGGAAACCUACAGGGAAGCCCUUUCCCACCUCCAGUCCCCCCUGAACCCCAACAUUAUCCUCGCUGAAGUUUGUGUGGAUCAGUGCACCUUCAUGGACUCCAAAAUGAAACCUUUGUGGAUUGUGUUUAAUAAUGAAGAGACAGGUGGAGGUGGAGUGGGUAUAAUUUUUAAAAAUGGAGAUGAUCUGCGCCAGGACAUGCUGACUCUGCAGAUGAUCCAGCUGAUGGACAUCCUGUGGAAGCAGGAGGGCCUGGACCUGAGGAUGACCCCUUAUGGCUGCCUCUCCACAGGAGACAAGACAGGGCUGAUUGAGGUGGUCAUGCACUCGGACACCAUCGCCAACAUCCAGCUCAACAAGAGCAACAUGGUGGCCACAGCUGCCUUCAACAAGGAUGCACUGCUCAACUGGCUCAAGUCCAAGAACCCGGGAGAUGCCUUGGACCAAGCCAUCGAGGAGUUCACCCUGUCCUGUGCUGGGUACUGUGUGGCCACCUACGUGCUGGGCAUUGGGGACCGGCACAGCGACAACAUCAUGGUCCGGGAGACGGGACAGCUGUUCCAUAUUGAUUUUGGUCACUUUUUGGGGAACUUCAAGACUAAAUUUGGUAUUAAUAGAGAACGAGUCCCUUUCAUCUUAACCUAUGACUUUGUGCAUGUCAUCCAGCAAGGAAAAACUAACAACAAUGAGAAGUUUGAAAGGUUCAGGGGUUACUGUGAAAGGGCCUACAUGAUCCUACGGCGCCACGGGCUCCUCUUCCUGCACCUCUUUGCACUGAUGAAAGCUGCUGGGCUGCCAGAGCUCAGCUGCUCCAAAGACAUCCAGUACCUAAAGGACUCCCUGGCCCUUGGGAAAACCGAUGAGGAGGCACUGAAGCACUUCAGACUGAAGUUUAAUGAAGCCCUGCGGGAGAGCUGGAAAACCAAAGUGAACUGGCUGGCACACAACGUAUCCAAAGACAACAGGCAGUAGAGCAGGAGCUCAGGAGGAUGUCACAUCUCCUGCUCAGGAGGAUGUCACAGCCCGAGCCCAGCACUGACACACAGGCUCCUGAGGACUGAAGAAUGGUGCAGCGUGGAAGUUCCCCCACCUCGUUCCCAGACAUCAGACAUUGCUGCAUGACUGAAAACCUGUUGGCCUGGCCUCAGCCACACCACUGUGGCUGCUGCAGAUCCUUGGGGAACAAGGGAGAGAUGUGAGGCAAUAAAACUACUGCAUACAGUAAAGGUAGGUAAAGGUACUGUACCCUUGAGAACUCCUUGGGCUUCAAAUACGUUUCAAUGGAAGAGCCGAGGCACAUGUAACACCCCUCUGGUGUGCUAAUGUCUGUAUUUCUAUUUUCUUGAAAAUUUAGCUGAGCAGAGAUCUCCCUGUGUCUGUAGCCCAUCUUCUAGGUCACCACUGUUAGAGCUUAGAGGCAUUAACCAUGGCAUGUGGUCACUCCUGCUGCCCUGGCAGUGUCCACUGAGGUGGGUCAGCUCAGAGCACACCAAAGCUGACUUGGACAAAUGCUUUUACUCUGCCUUGAGACAGGAUAAAAACAUCCACGCUGGCAUCUUGCUUUCUGUCUGCUCCAGAGGCCAAAGUGUUCUGAAACUGAGCUGGAACUCAGCUCCUGCUCUCUAGAACUGAUGGCACAAGAGCAGCUUUGGGGUGGCCACUGGAUCAUUUUGCUUUCCAAAGUUAGGCUUUAGUUAAGCCUUCAGUAAUUCCUGCAUUUAUUUUGGUUUCAAACCUGACAAUGCUAAGAUUGCAUUUUCAAAUUAACGUGCUCACUGCUUCUUUUCAUAAAAGAUGUUAAGCUGUGAGGUUUGUUCUGGUUUGGAUCUAUUCAUACAACCCUGUUGCCUCACAAGCAGCUGUUGGUAGAAGCAGCAGUUCUGGCAUAGAAGACACCUCAUUUUAAUUUAAUCUAACCCUGGGAGCCCCUUUUCCCUACACCUUCAGACAAUACUGUGACUGAAGCACUCUGGCUCUGACAGCUGCUUUGGUACGAGAGGGAAAUGCUGCAGGAUUUAGAGCUCUAUGCAGGCUGUUCAGUGAGAAACAGUCCUGUGCCUCUGCUCCAUUUUAGAGAGUAAAUAUUGCUAUUUCCUUGCUUAUUAAACUAAUGUACAGAGCAAAGAGUAUGCAAAAAAAAUCUUGGGCCCUGUGCAAGGUGAGAUGCACUGAACCCACACCCCAAUCAGGUUCUUGUGGAAGGGAAGACACUACAGUUCCAGAGCUGGAAAAGCAAUUCUCUUGCAGUGCCAGAGCCUGGUGCUCAGGGUGCUGCAGCACUGGGACCCUGCUCUCCUCCCAGCUCACAGAAAGCUCAGGCCCUCACCAGUUUUAGAGCAGUGGUUCCUGUCUGUCACUUUGCAAGUGCAAUAACACAAAGGUGUAUCAGUAUCAAGUGCAAGAACUGAGCACGGUUUUACAGAGGUUACUUAGUCUGGAAAACUUGACUUACCUACAAGCAGUAAAAGUUCAGUGAGUCAUCACGUGGACCUUCUUCCUUGUACACCCUGGGAGAGUACCUGGGACAAGUCUCUGACAGCUCUGUUGGGUCAGCAAAGAGCCUUUGACUCCAAAUUCACAAAGCAGCAGCUCACCUGAUGGUUUUCAGCAAGCUGAACUGUACUAAAGAUUGAAACUUAAAUAAUUUUCAAAAAUGUUCCAUUUCAUUACAAGUGGCUUCUCAUUUUUAUAAAUUUGCCCAGAAUGAUAGACCUAUUUCUAUUUAUUUAGAGAUGUUUCUGUCAUUAUUUUUUUUUAACUCUGUACAAACUGAUUGUGCUUAUUCUGUUGCCUUUGAAAAAAGAAGUAUUUUUUUAAGCCAAACCGUGGUUCUGCAAGAAGAGAAUGUUUACAUGUUUAGCUUUUCAGUUGCUUUAGGUACAUGUUUUGUAAAUAAGAAAUAAAAGAUAUGGACAAAUUAUACACAAA